AUGUAUUUAUUACUUGUGUGUUUGCCUUUGCUUAGCUUUUUGCUUUGCUGUGGCUUCGGUCGUUUUUUUGGAUACCGUGGCUCACCAAUUUUAGCUACAGUUUGUGUAGCACUAUCAGCAUUUCUUUCUAUUCUUGCUUUCUAUGAAGUAGGAAUUUGUGGCAGUCCUUGCUAUCUAGAUUUUGCUCCAUGGUUUCAUUCUGAACUCUUUGAUGCAUCAUGGGGAUUUCUUUUUGAUAGUUUAACUGUUGUUAUGCUUGUAGUGGUAACAGUUGUGAGUACACUCGUACAUAUGUAUUCAAUUGCAUAUAUGGGUCAAGAUCCACAUUUACCACGUUUUAUGUCGUAUUUGUCUAUUUUUACCUUUUUUAUGUUAAUGCUUGUUACUGCAAAUAAUUUCAUCCAAAUGUUUUUUGGUUGGGAAGGCGUAGGUUUAGCAUCAUAUCUUCUAAUUAACUUUUGGUAUACUCGUGUCCAAGCUAAUAAAUCUGCUAUCAAAGCGAUGUUAGUAAACCGAGUAGGUGAUUUUGGAUUAGCUUUAGGUAUUAUGGGCAUCUUUUUUAUGUGUAAAAGUGUACAUUUCCAAACUGUUUUUGCUUGUGCUGGUCAACUUGCACAAGAGUCGUUUUUCUUUUUCCAUAUGGAUACUCACGCACUUACAACUAUUUGUCUUUUAUUAUUUGUCGGUGCUGUAGGAAAAUCAGCUCAGCUUGGAUUACAUACUUGGCUCCCAGAUGCAAUGGAAGGACCAACACCCGUGUCAGCACUUAUUCAUGCAGCUACGAUGGUAACUGCAGGUGUAUUUAUGAUUGCACGUUGUUCUCCACUUUUUGAGUAUGCUCCUCAUGCUUUACUUGUAGUCACAGUUGUUGGUGCUAUGACAUCUUUUUUUGCAGCAACUACGGGUGUUGUACAAAACGAUUUAAAGCGUGUAAUUGCUUAUUCAACAUGUAGUCAGCUUGGAUACAUGGUAUUUGCUUGUGGUUUAUCACAAUAUGCUGUUGGCGUGUUUCAUUUAAUGAACCAUGCUUUCUUUAAAGCAUUAUUGUUUUUAAGUGCAGGUUCAGUCAUUCACGCCUUAGCUGAUGAACAAGAUAUGAGAAAAAUGGGUGGUGUUGUAAAACUUCUUCCGUUUACUUAUGCUAUGAUGUUUAUUGGUUCGUUAGCACUUAUUGGCUUUCCUUUCUUAACAGGUUUUUACUCAAAAGAUGUUAUUUUAGAAGUAGCGUACGCAAAGUACACAAUUGGUGGAAAUUUUGCAUAUUGGUUAGGUGUUCUAUCGGCCUUAUUUACUUCAUAUUAUUCUUUCCGUCUUUUAUUUUUAACCUUUUUAGGUCCAGUCAAUUCAUUUAAAGCUAGUUUAAAAGAUGUGCAUGAGGCACCUCAAUUAAUGGCUUGGCCUUUAAUUAUACUUGCAUUUGGAAGUAUUUUUGUUGGGUACAUGGCAAAAGAUAUGAUGAUUGGUUUAGGUACACCUUUCUGGAACAAUGCUCUUUUCAUUCUUCCUAUAAAUACAAUUGUUUUAGAAUCCGAGUAUAUUCCACAGUCUAUAAAAUUUAUUCCUAUUGUAUUUAGUGUACUUGGUGCACUUUUUGCUUUAAAUAUUAAUAUUGUAGGGAGUAGUUUUGCUUACAUGAUGAAAACAAGUUUUAUUGGACGAAAACUUUAUAUUUUCCUCAAUAAACGUUGGCUUUUUGAUAAAGUAUACAAUGAUUAUAUUGCAUCCAAAGCAUUAAGUCUUGGGUAUCAUACAACAUUUAAAACUUUAGAUAAGGGUUUUAUUGAAAUUAUUGGACCAGCAGGUAUUAUGCAAAUUUGUACACAAACUAUGCGUCAAGUAAGUCAACUACAAAGUGGGUAUAUCUAUCAUUAUGCUUUCCUUAUGUUAUGUGGGGUCGGUGUAUGUAUAAUUCUUGUAAGUUUUUGGGAUAUUGUUUCUCCAUGGGUGGAUCCUCGUAUUUAUGGACUUUUCGUGCUCAGUUUUAUUUUGUUUAACCAUGCACGUAAAACAGCUUAG